GCUGUGCGCUUCGCGGGGGUGUAACUUGAGAGCUUUCGCUACAAAGUCCCAGCGCCUAUUGCAGAAGCCGACAGAAAGCUCACGAAGUGGAAUCCGGCACUGGACGCGGCCGCGUUUUUCGCUUGGGGAAGAUCCAGAGAAGAACGCUGAAGGUUGGCGGCGGCGGCGGCGCCUUGCCGGAUUUAUGCUUGCGCGGGACGAAGCGCCGCGGCCAAAGACCGGGACCCUGGCGCAUCCUUUUCUUCCUACCCUCCGAGGGACGGAGCCCGGGAAGACGGAGUAGUUGGGGACAGCUUUUAAAGCCGGCUGGAGGAGGAAAGUAUCUGAGCGUUCAGUUGGGAGCCAGAGUGAAGAAGAAGAAAAGGCAACAGGAUGAGAGCUCUGUGGUGUGAUCUUCUUAGGGUUCUGGUGGUCGCAACAAUAUGUCCUAGGAUAUCUGCUUCCCCAGAAGGAUCCAGGGAUCCAGAGAUAUUUGACAGUCACAUGCUUGAGACAGAAGAGGAGCAUCUGGUUUUGGAUCCUGGAAGCCAGCUGAAGCUCUACUGCAGCACCAAUCACAGUCUUGCUGUCACGUGGUAUAAGGAAAACAAGCAACUUUCCCCUAGUGAGCGCGUCCACAUUCAGCAAAAUUUGCUGGAGAUCCCUGAAGCCACCUAUGAAGAUUCAGGAUUAUACUCAUGCCAUGCGUGGAAUACUGGAAAAAGUCUGCGUAACUUUACUAUCUCUGUUGUAGAUUCAUUGGGUUCAGGAGAUGAUGAUGAAGACAGUGAUGUGGAGAAUGCUGCUAUUGAAUCUAAUGAGGAGCCUGUACACGCCCAUCGAGCACCCUAUUGGACACAUCCUCAUCGAAUGGAGAAAAAGCUGCAUGCGGUCCCAGCAGGAAAUACGGUUAAGUUCCGCUGUCCAGCUUCAGGAAAUCCCACCCCUUCAAUAAUCUGGCUGAGGAAUGGGCGGGAAUUCCGUGGGGAGCAUCGUAUUGGAGGAAUUCGGCUCAGGCAUCAACACUGGAGUUUGGUCAUGGAGAGUGUGGUACCUUCCGAUCGAGGCAACUAUACUUGCUUGGUGGAGAACAAAUUUGGCAGCAUUCGCUACAGCUACACUCUGGAUGUGCUGGAGAGGUCUCCACACAGACCUAUCUUGCAAGCAGGGUUGCCUGCCAAUACGACAGCAGUGAUGGGCAGUGAUGUAGAGUUCUUUUGCAAAGUAUACAGUGACGCACAGCCCCACAUACAGUGGCUUAAACACAUCAAAGUGAAUGGCAGCAGUUUUGGUCCAGAUGGAGUCCCCUAUGUUCAGAUCCUUAAGACAGCAGAUAUUAACAGCUCAGAAGUGGAAGUCCUCUACUUACAGAAUGUCACCAUGGAGGAUGCUGGUGAAUACACCUGUCUGGCUGGAAAUUCUAUCGGCUUGUCCUACCAAUCCGCCUGGCUUACCGUACUUCCAGAUGAAGAAGAAGUUGAAGAAGCAUAUGCUCCUGAAAUCAAAUACACUGAUAUAAUUAUCUACACUUCAGGGUCUUUAGCUAUUGUUAUGGCUAUUGUCAUUGUUGUCUUAUGCCGCAUGCAAAGUCAGUCAAGCAAGCAACCUCUAGAACCAAUCGCUGUGCACAAACUCUCCAAAUUUCCUCUGAUCCGACAGUUCUCCUUGGAAUCGAGCUCCUCAGGGAAGUCCACAACGUCACUAAUGCGUGUUACUCGCCUCUCCUCAAGCUGUACUCCCAUGCUAGCUGGAGUGAUGGAAGUGGAACUGCCACUGGACUCCAAGUGGGAAUUCCCACGGGACAGGCUGGUGCUAGGCAAGCCCUUAGGUGAGGGCUGUUUCGGGCAGGUGGUGAGAGCAGAAGCCUAUGGGAUUGAUCCUGAACGGCCAGAACGGCCUCUCACUGUGGCUGUCAAAAUGCUGAAAGAUAAUGCUACAGAUAAAGACCUGGCUGACCUCAUCUCAGAAAUGGAGAUGAUGAAACGAAUGGACCAACACAAGAAUAUCAUAAACCUAUUGGGUGUCUGUACCCAAGAUGGUCCUCUCUAUGUGAUUGUGGAGUUUGCUGCCAAGGGGAAUUUGCGAGAGUAUCUGCGAGCUCGCCGACCUCCGACACCUGAUUACACAUUUGACAUUACCAAGAUGCCAGAGGAGCAGCUUUCCUUCAAAGACUUGGUUUCUUGUGUUUACCAGGUGGCCCGUGGCAUGGAGUAUCUGGAGUCCAAGAGGUGCAUUCAUCGGGACCUGGCCGCUCGCAAUGUUCUUGUUACUGAAGAGAAUGUGAUGAAAAUUGCUGAUUUUGGUUUGGCCCGUGGAGUUCAUGACAUAGACUACUAUAAGAAAACCAGCAAUGGUCGCUUACCUGUAAAAUGGAUGGCACCAGAAGCUCUGUUUGACAGAGUGUAUACACACCAAAGUGAUGUGUGGUCCUUUGGUAUUCUCAUGUGGGAAAUUUUUACAUUGGGUGGCUCCCCCUAUCCUGGCAUCCCAGUGGAAGAACUUUUCAAACUCCUGAAAGAAGGUCACCGAAUGGACAAGCCCUCCAACUGCACCCAUGAACUGUACAUGAUGAUGAGAGAGUGCUGGCAUGCUGUACCUUCCCAACGACCCACCUUUAAGCAGUUAGUGGAGGGAUUGGAUAAAGUCCUGGUUGCUGUCUCGGAGGAGUAUCUGGACCUGUCAAUGCCUUUUGAACAGUAUUCCCCAUCAUGUGAAGACACAACCAGCACCUGUUCCUCUGAUGAUUCAGUCUUCACUCAUGAUCCUUUGCCAAUCACCCCUUGCCUUUUUCCUUAUCAUAAUGUAAGGACAUGAAGAGAGAAACAGGCCGUGGACACUAGGGAAGGUGGCAUUUUGGGGAUUUCCCCCCCCCCUCCAUUCCUAAAGGAUGACCUAAUUUGAGAACCGAAGUCCUCAGAAUGUCCCUGGUGGAAGAAACUGCCUGGAGCUAUAUUAGCAAGAACUAAAAGUCGCAUCAAGCUUCUGGAAUCUGCUGGACAUCUGCUGCCCAAAGUUCACCAACAAGGACCAGAUGGUUUCCUUACAUCUGUCUGCCGAUGCUCCGGGCACUAAUACUGAUGCUUCAAUACCUUGUAAUCUCAGGUCCCCUCAAAGAUGUUAUUCUAGCUGAGCCUUCAGUGCAGCCAGCUGACUGAAGACAAGUAAGACCAGAUUAAUAGGAAGUAAUUUAGUCCUGAAAAGAAGGACACUCUCUAACGGCAGGAGCUCUUGGGAGCAUCACAGGGUAUCCUGCUUAUUUUUCUGAUACCAUUCCCAAUUUAAUUAUACUUUAAAGAGACUUCAUGAUUUUGGCAGGAGUCAGCCAGCCAGCUUUCUCAGGCUGUCCCAUCCUUAUCUGGACAUACAAUCCCAAGGAUGUCCUAUCUGGGACACGGACCUUUCCUUCUGGCUCCUGAUGUCCUCUGUACAUAACCCUAGAGAUAAAUAUUUAUGUACAUAUCACUUCUAAUGCACAUGAAUGACCCACACCCAUAAAUUAUUUUUUGGAGUAGAA